GAAAAUAUUUUUCAUUGGAAUCAUAACAAUCUCAAAUACGAUCGUUCGAAGACGAGCUUAUAAAAACGCGAGAAUCAUUCAGCACUGAUACAUAAGUAAGUAAUAUGACGAGGAUUAUUGCCAUCUCUGUUAGAACCAUUUUCUUUUGCGUGUUUGCAGAUGUAGUUUGUGGAUCGCAGAAUUAUUAUUGGAAUAACGCAAGAACGAGAUUUCCAAAACAUGCUUCCUGUACCUCGUGUAAUCGAGACUGGGCAGACACCUUGUCAUCUCCCUGGUAUCCAAGACAAAACUACGAGGAAGUACCAAACAACAGGGAAUAUCUUGAUUUCGCUGAAAAAUCCUACAACGAAUGGGUUCCUUCAAGCCCAAUGUCAACGUCUUAUUCUCUCAACAAAUACGAACACCCAUCGAGAAACGGAGGUGACGAUCCCACAGACGUCGCAAUAUCCGGAACGGGAAAUCCGUACCAACAUGAAGAUUCCUUUGAAGAUCGAGAAUCACAAAGGUUCGAUCCUUAUUUGGCUUCUAAGACUUCCACCGCUUCAUUAAGCCAAGAAGGAACGUUAAACCAACAUCCUUUUAUGUUAAUGACAAACUCUGACAAUAAUAAUAGAUUACUGAGUCGAAACUAUCGGCCUCAAAAGUUUCAUGAAUUCGGUGAUCACUCAAUAAGGAAUGUCGAGAACAAUCAAGAGUACAAAGUCGAUCGAUCGAAUCGAAUGAAUGAAAUUCUUUAUCGAAAGGUUCAAUCAUUAUCGCAAGAAAAUACCAAGGAUUAUCAGCCCUCGAAAAAAUUUCUAGUCGUCUAUCGUGCCGAUCAAAACGAAAAUUCGUUCGAACUCGAGGAUGAUUCCGCUGAUGUCUUUAGAGAAUCGAGAAUUCCUCCUGAGAGUUUAGAGGAGAUCGAUGAAUCGGUUUCUUACGUAGAUUCGAAUUCUUUCUUUAGACACAAUCCUUCGGAAAAUAAAAUUAUCGAUUCCAUGCCAUUCGUCGAUAGGUCUAAGCUGUUUCUAAAAGAACAAAACAAACAUAAUAAUUAUUAUGAUUUGUUAAAGAAAUCUAAUAUCCCUAAAACUGUACGAUUUAUCGAUAGAGAUCAGCUGUUUCCCGAUCGUAAAGAAAUUGCCUCAUUUUGGCAGUUUCAUCGGGAUAAAUCAUCAGAGAGUCUAACACCCAAUAAAGAUUAUAAAGCGAAAGAAUCUACGAAAGAUGGCUCUUUUUUCGGCCAACAUGACAUUACUAAUAACGAGAAAGAAAAGUUAUUUCCCAUGGAAGGAUUAAAUAUGUUCAACAUGGAACAUAAUGCUACCAAGGGAACUUUUUUAAAGUUUGACCCCGAUAUUUUAGAUGAUAUUGAAAAUCCUCCUACUGAACCGACAGAACCAAUUACUAUGAGCGAAUCUACAGAGAGUUCGAUGAUGACAGAGAAUUAAUGAUGAUAAUACGAUUCCUUUGUGCUCAACAUUUUCUAUGCUCUCUUAUUGUCUUUUGCUUACUCGAUAGUAAAGAUGUAUGUAUAUAGAAUAUAUAUGUAAUAGAAAGUAUCGUACUUAUAAAUUCUCCUAUGAAUACGCCGAAAGUUAUGUACA